CUACUAUAGGAUUAGCCACGGAAUCUUGAUAUUGUACGAACACUAUUCGCACAGUUCAUGUUUUUCUUUUUUUUAACUUCCGCCGUUAUUAAAUGGAUUUUAUUUUUGUAUGCAUGCGAAUUAAAUAUUUAAACAACAAAUAAUUGUAACUUUUAUUUAUGUAUACAGUUCAUAUUAUAUUAGUGUAACUGCAUUAUCAUUAUAGUGAAUAAACAUAGAUAUUGGAAGAAUCAUUAACAAUUAAUAUUUUGAAAAUUCAAAUAUAUCGAAAAACAAAUUUAUAUAUUAUUGUGAAGAAUCAUUUAGUAAUCAAAAUGAGAAGAUCUAUAAAGGGAGGGAAACAGGACCGGAUUUAGACUUUCAGAUGCCCUGGAUAAAUCGAUUUUUCGAGACCCUAACAGUAUACGCAGGACAAUGUGGUCAGAAUAUUUUUGGAUCACUACAGUAAUAGUGAUAUUAUUUUUCGUUGGCUCUUCUCAUGCUCAAUUUUCAAAAAACAAUAAUGAACCCAAUGCAGGUAAGAAAACAAAUGAUACUCAAAACAUGGAAAACAAUUUACAAUUGAAAAACGAUAACAUCACAAUGUAUUCCCAUCGAAUGUUGUUUGGAAAUAUUAUGGCAAAUAGUAUGAACGACUUUGUACCUUUUUCGAAUGUCAACAAAAAUUGUACUAGAGACGGACUACAAUUCAUGAGAAGCUUAAAUAACCAAACUCAAUGGGCUAUAAAAAUGUACGACUCCUCCUCCAAAUACCCAGGAGGCGCGCCGACAGCAUCUGAGUUAAUUGAGCUGGGCCACUUCGACCGGUGUAUGAGCGUGUCGUCCGAACGGUUCGGGAUCCGUGGCGCUUACGCAGUGGCGGUCAUGCGCUUUCGGUUUACCGACGAAGACGACGUGGGACGGCGGCCAACAGGCCCGCCGGAGGUGGAAACAAAACCGCAAACAUCGAACGAUUCGCCGUCUCCUCGGUCCACCGGGCCGGAAUCCCUGUCGUGGGCGCUAUGCGUCCCGGACUCGUGUACGAGCGAAGACAUCAAGUAUUCCGUGGACCGAGUGCUGGUGCCCGCUUUCCGGGCUUUCAACGUGGUCAUCGACGUGGCCAUACCCUCGACCAUGUACACGUCAAAAGACUUGGAGCUGCCGAACACCGAGGGAAGCCUGUGGAUCUGCGGCAUACUUAUCACGGGAUUCGUAUUGAUGGUUAUCGGCACACUAUAUGAUGUAUGCUCAUACCGUUCAAAAGCCAAAAACCCGACUUUUUGGAGUGAAUGUCUCUACUCGUAUUCGAUGGUGUCGAACACAAAGAAUUUAAUGGGUGACAUAAAAAAUCGUGAGUUCGCUGUCACCAACGGUCUCAAAACGCUUGGAAUAAUAUCCGUAAUCGUGGGACACAGGGUAGCUCUGGACCUGGGAUUGCCGACACAUAGCACGGAGUACUCGGAACACAUUUUAACUGACUUUUGGCUGUCGAUCCUCAAGUCUCCGGUCACUGUUGAGAUAUUCUUUAUCGUAAGUGGAUUUUUCACGUUCAUCAUUAUCAAUGAUCGACUGAACAGUGGAAAAUCGUUAAACUUCGUGUACCUAUUGACUUUCCGAUUGAUCAGGAUUCUUCCGACGUACACGACAAUCAUUUUAAUAUUUGCAUUUAUUUUGCCAUAUACGGGUGAUGGUCCAUUAUGGAAACUCAUUAUUUAUCCUGAAGCUGAGUUCUGUCGAAAAAACUGGUGGACCAACCUAUUGUUUUUAAACAAUUACGUGAAUUCACAGGAAAUGUGUAUGCUUCACUCAUGGUACUUAGCAUGUGAUAUGCAUUUUUUCAUAAUUGGAACAUUCUUGACUUACAUACUUUGGAGAUGGAGGAAAGCUGGUUUUGGAAUUUUCGGUGUUAUGUUUGCUGUAUCUGUUUACAUACCAGCAAAAUAUAUUUAUGACAAUCAACAAUGGGGUGUCAUGCCAUAUUUCCAUAGUCACAUAAAAAAUCUCAGGACAACAGAACAUUUCCAAAGAGUUUACAUAAAAAGUCACCACCGGAUUACAACGUAUCUUAUUGGCAUCGCAUCCGCGUACGUUUACAUGCAAGUGAAAAAAUCGAAAUUAAAAUUCUCAGCGAAAAGUAGGACGAUUGGUUUAAUAUUGUGCAUUUUACUACAUAUCUCAUGCUAUUUCGUGACCGGCUACUUAUACCUUCCGAGAUUGAAAUACAACCCUUGGAAUCACUUACUAUACUUUACGUUCCAGAGAAUCGUUUACGCAUUGACCGUGUCGUACGUGUUGGUUGUCGGCUCACUAUCCAACUUUGGUUAUUUUAGCAGUUUUAUGGAAUGCAAAAUAUUCAUUGUCAUAGCAAGAAUAUCAUAUGUUCUGUACCUGUCACAUUUUAUUGUUCAAUUGCAAAGCAUUGGUCAAAUUCGUCAACCCCAAUAUGAAAACUUUUUUAAAUUAUAUUGGAAAAUCAAUGCCGAUAUUCUAACAGCCUUUUCUUACGCAUUGGUUAUUAAUCUUAUUAUUGAAGAACCAAUCAGAAAAAUGAUCAAAAAAUUAAUGAGAAUGUUUCUAGCAGCUGAACAAGAUGAAUUGAAUAUAGACGGAAGAAAUAAUAUCUCAUCUAACUAAUAAGUCAGCGCAUUAAAAUGUAGUUCAAGUAUCAAAAUCACAAAAAAUAUAAAUACUCAUUCAACAUUAUCCUGUACACAUGCAUAAUCUCCAUCGAAACAUUUAACAAAUCAUAAUCAUAAUCACAAAUUAUAAAUCCAUAUAAUAAUGAUAACAAGCACAGUAUACAUCCAAAUCUUGAAAUAUAAAUGCAAAACGAUGUUAAUUAAAUAAAAUAUUAAAUUUAAUUAUUAUUAUCACCAAAAAAAAAACUAAAUUUAGGAUACUGAAUGAGCUUUUAUUUAAUGAAAGUUGUUGAAUUUGUGAAAUCAAUGUUUGUAUAACCAUUUAAAUGAUGAUGUGAUAUAAUAUUAUUAGGUGUAAAAAAACUAUAUAAUAUAUUACUGUUUAAUGUAAUGUAAAAAUACUAUUUACAAAUCGGAAUAAUAUUAUAAUAGUGUGUUGUUUUACUACGUUUUAGGUACUGAUGUAUAUUUUAUAUUAUUUUCGUAAAUAUGACAUUACUCAGUUCAAAAAGUAACUAAUUAGUUACACGUCGUUAUGGAAUCUUGAAUUUCCACACUUCACACAGCAUACCGAUCAAUUGGUAAUAUACAAUGUGUUGGGAUGAUCAGCCAAUAAUAUUAAUAAUUGAAUAACUGAUCGAUUAUGUUUCGUGUGUUUCCUGUCAGUGUUUUAUUAAAAAAAAAGCAUAACCUUAGAAUAUAAGCCUGUGAGAAUACACUACGUGUUAUUCAAAUUUAUCAAUUUAUUGAAGCACUUUAUUAAAACUGAAAUUUAAAUUCUACA